GUCACAUGACCGGCUCCGGGACAACAUGGCGGCGGCCGUGGUGCUGCUGCGGGGCUGAGCCACCGUGGUUGCAGCGGGCUCCUACCAGGGGUGAGGGGAGGCCUCAGCCUGGGGAGGCGGGGGGGUCGGCCCUCCCCACCCCGCUCCUGUCCCUGGCGUCCCUCGCCGCGCGCUGUGUCUGCCGGGACGGGGAGGCAUGACAGGCAGGGCCCGGGUUCCAUACCAGCCGUGCUCCGUGCUUCCGGGCAAGCGCCUGCGGGUGUCUGGGCGCACCUCUCUCGCCUGGGUUCCCUCCAUCCUCCUUUCUCCAGCCUCCUCCCCUCGCAGGUGGGAUCGUCGGUAGGACCGGGGACCAUGUCCGGGUCCGACACUGCGCCCUUCCUCAGCCAGGCGGAUGACACGGACGACGGGCCAGUGCCCGGCACCCCGGGGUUACCGGGGUCCCUGGGGAACUCGAAGUCCGAGGAUCCCGAGGUCCCGGACGGGGAGGGGCUGCAGCGCAUCACCGGCUUGUCUGCGGGCCGUUCGGCUCUCAUAGUGGCGGUGCUGUGCUACAUCAACCUCCUCAACUACAUGGACCGCUUCACGGUGGCUGGCGUUCUUCCAGACAUUGAGCAGUUCUUCGACAUCGGAGACAGCAGCUCGGGCCUCAUCCAGACCGUGUUCAUCUCCAGUUACAUGGUGUUGGCACCUGUGUUUGGCUACCUGGGUGACAGGUACAAUCGGAAGUAUCUCAUGUGCGGGGGCAUUGCCUUCUGGUCCCUGGUGACACUGGGGUCGUCCUUCAUCCCCAGAGAGCGAUUCUGGCUGCUCCUCCUGACCCGGGGCCUGGUGGGGGUUGGGGAGGCCAGUUACUCCACCAUCGCACCCACCCUCAUCGCUGACCUCUUCGUGGCAGACCAGCGGAGCCGGAUGCUCAGUGUGUUCUACUUUGCUAUCCCGGUGGGCAGUGGUCUGGGUUACAUUGCAGGCUCCAAAGUCAAGGAUGUGGCCGGGGACUGGCACUGGGCUCUGCGGGUGACUCCAGGUCUAGGGGUGGUGGCUGUUCUGCUGCUGUUCCUGGUAGUACGGGAGCCGCCAAGGGGAGCGGUGGAGCGCCACUCGGACUCCCCACCCCUCAGCCCCACCUCUUGGUGGGCAGAUCUGAGGGCUCUGGCAAGAAACCUCAUCUUUGGGCUCAUCACCUGCCUGACCGGGGUCCUGGGUGUGGGCCUGGGCGUGGAGAUCAGCCGCCGCCUCCGCCGUUCCAACCCCCGGGCUGACCCACUGGUCUGUGCUGCUGGCCUCUUGGGCUCCGCGCCCUUCCUCUUCCUGUCCCUUGCCUGUGCCCGUGGUAGCAUCGUGGCCACCUAUAUUUUCAUCUUUAUUGGAGAGACACUGCUGUCCAUGAACUGGGCCAUUGUAGCUGACAUCCUGUUGUACGUGGUGAUCCCCACACGACGUUCCACUGCCGAGGCCUUCCAGAUCGUGCUGUCCCACCUGUUGGGCGAUGCUGGGAGCCCCUACCUCAUUGGCCUGAUCUCCGACCGCCUCCGCCGGAGCUGGCCGCCCUCCUUCUUGUCCGAGUUCCGGGCCCUGCAGUUCUCGCUCAUGCUCUGCGCCUUCGUCGGGGCUCUGGGCGGGGCCGCCUUCCUGGGCACCGCCAUCUUCAUCGAGGGGGACCGCCGGCGGGCCCAGCUGCAUGUGCAGGGUCUGCUUCGUGAGGCAGGGCCCACAGACGACCGAAUCGUGGUGCCCCAGCGAGGCCGCUCCACCCGGGUCCCCGUGUCCAGUGUGCUCAUCUGAGGGGCCGUCGCUCGCCAGCCUGCAUACCUACCACGGCUGGCCCCGGGCCCACCUGGAAGGAGCCCAGGCCCAAACCCUCGGCCUGGCCCAGCUUCUAGGAGUGGCCUUGGGCCACGUUCCAGCUCCCACACUACACAGACAGCAGCCAAGGCCGGGGGGGCGGCGGGUCCGGGAGAGGGGUUCCCCUCCCCUGGAGCAGCCCCAGGGGCUUGGUGCUAUUUGUAACUGAAUAAAAUUUGUAGCCAGA